AUGGUAGGUUGUUUAGGCGAGCCUAACAUUACCACCCCACCACCGAUAAGCGAAGCGAAGCGCAUUAUAAUCACUCCACUCUACGCUGAGGCAGGCGCGGCAGAAGAGGUAAGCAAAUUAGGUGGAAGAAUCAGCGUGAAUCUUGCAACCCGCCUCGAGAUCAUAUUCAAGAAUGCAGAGUGGAUUUAUGACAUUUCAAACAAAGUUAAACCGGUUGACGACAAACUCACAGAAUUGGGGUUAACGUUGGCGCAGGUUUAUGAAGACCCUGCUUUGGCAGCGAAACUCGGACAGGCACUUGAGGCGGAUAUGGUUAUCGUCGGGAUGGUUGAAAAGCCGAGUCUAACCCGGCGCGACUAUGACCAGCAUCUGAUGAAGCAAGGCAGACAAGGCGGAAUUUCCGGUACAUCUACCUAUAUUCGUACCCGUCUUACCGCCCUUGGUCGUACUCGAGUCAAAGUCAUUGAUACAAACUCUGCGGAGGUUAUUUUUAAUAACCGCAUUCGGUCGUACCUGAAGUACUGGUACGCGUAUCAGACCCAGAUGAGCGGACAACAAAUCUUUAAGACUCCUGAAGAGAGACUUGCCGAUUUGGGGCAAUAUCUCCCACUCAGGAUUGCUUAUACCCUCCAUCCAACUGGAUUAAAGUUGGAAGAAGAACAGCAGAUUUUGCUUAAGCCGGAUGUUGUGUUAAAAGGGACCGGUGGUAUCGUCGAAUUUAAUUAG